AUGCUUUUUUGCUUAUCGUUUUUGAGUUCAUUAUUUCAGUCAUCUCCUGACGAAGUGAAAACUGCUGUAAAAGCCGCUAUCGAAGCUGGUUACCGUCUAAUCGACACAGCUGCAGUCUAUGAGAACGAAACUGCGAUAGGUGAAGUAUUGAAGGAGCUGGUCUACGAUGGCAAAAUUAUCCGAGCCGACAUGUUCAUCACCACGAAGGUCUGGGUCACCCAUUUACACCCGGACGACAUCAUGAGUUCUGUGCGCGAGUCCCUUCGACAACUUCAAACGGACUAUGUCGACUUACUUCUGGCUCAUAUGCCGACUUGCUUCAACGGUGAAAUGACGGCUCAAAAUCGUAACGUUGCAGUGGAGGAUACGUGGCGUGGAUUGGAACGAGUCUAUAAAAGGGGAUUGACACGAGCGAUUGGUGUGUCAAAUUACAGCGGAAAACAAGUGGAACGAGUUCAAAAAACUGCCAAAAUACCUAUUCAUAACUGUCAGGUAGAACUCCAUAUUUAUUGGCCUCAACACGAAUUGCACGACAUUUGCAAGAGGUACAACAUCGCUCUUACCUCGUAUGCCACUUUAGGAUCACCCGGUCGAGCAAGCUUCAUGCCUAACCAAUUUGGUUGGAAAGAUGCUCCGAGCGCUUUGGAAGAUAAAAAUGUAAUAGAAUUAGCAAAGAAGUAUGAGAAAACUCCUGCUCAGAUUUUGCUACGUUACGCUAUGGACCGAGGUAUUGCGAUCAUACCGAAAUCAGUGAACCCAUCGCGAAUAGUCGAGAACUUCGAGGUUGCAUUUUAUAUGAUUCUGGACGUGUGUCCUCAGUAA